UGCCGGCGGCCAUGUCGGAAGCGGCGGCGGCCAUGUCGGCGGAGGAGGAGGCGGCGCUGGCGGCGCUGGCGGCGCUGCUGGCCCCGGCGGCGGGCGCGGCGGCGCGGGCGGGCGCGGCGGCGGCGGCGGCGGCGCUGUCCGGCUCGGCGGCGGGGCGGCGGCUGCUGGCGGCGCGGCCCGCGGCGCUGGCGGCGCUGGCGGCGCUGGCGGCGGAGCCGGGCGCGGGCGCGGGCGCGGCGCGGCGCUGCCUCGUGAACGUGUCGGCGGAGCCGGCGGCCCGCGCGGCGCUGCUGGCGGCGCUGCCCGCGCUGCUGCCGCUGCUGCCGGGCGGCGCGGGCUGCGCGCUCCUGGCCAACGUGAGCCGCGAGCCGGCGGCGGCGCGGCGGGUGCUGCGCGCCCUGCGGCGGCGCGGCGCGGGGCUGGCGCCGCUGCUGGAGGCGCUGCGCGGGCCGCCGCCGCCGGGGCUCGGGCCGCUGCUCUGCAACCUCAGCCAGGUGCCCGAGGGCCGCCGCGAGCUGCUGGACCGCUCCCGGCGCUCGGUGCAGCGGCUGCUGCCCUUCACGCAGUACCGGGACUCGGCGGCGCAGCGGCGCGGCGUCGUGGGGGCCCUGCGGAACUGCUGCUUCGAGCACGAGGCGCACGAGUGGCUGCUGAGCGACGAGGUUGAUCUGCUGCCCUUCCUCCUGCUGCCGCUCGCCGGCCCCGAGGAGCUCCCCGAGGAGGAGAUGCAAAGGCUGCCCGUGGACCUGCAGUACCUGCCGCGGGACAAGCGGCGAGAGGAGGAACCCGACAUCCGGAAGAUGCUGUUGGAAGCUGUCAUGCUGCUCACGGCCACGAAGGCCGGCCGGCACGUGGUGAGGGAGAAGGGCACCUACCUGGUCCUGCGAGAGCUGCACCGCUGGGAGACGGAGCCCGACGUGCUGUCUGCCUGUGAGAAGCUCAUUCAGGUGCUGAUCGGGGACGAGCCGGGCCCGGGGAUGGAGAACCUGCUGGAGGUGAACAUCCCCGAGGACGUGGAGCAGCAGCUGCAGCGCCUGGACCGGGAGGAGGAGGAGCGGUGGCGGCGCGAGCGGGAGGCGCGGGGGCCGCAGGCCUGCCCCGAGGAGCCGUCGCUGUGACGGGCGGAGGCGCUCGGCCCCGGCCGGCGCAGCGGAGCAGCUCCGCGCGUCCCCAUGGCUCGCGCGGAGGCGGCGGGCGGCCGCCAGCCCCGGCGGGGCAGGGCAGGGCAGGGCAGCGCUCCCCCGCGCCUCGUUAGCUGCCGGAUGCCCCGCGCCGCUCUGCCGCUCUCCUUCGGACCUGCCUCUGUGGGACGAGGCUGCAGCGCGGCCGGGAGAGGCAGCAAAGCGCUGCUGCUCCCCGUCCCGCUCUGUGGGGCUGCCCCACUGCCGAGGCCGGGCUGGGCACAGCUGGGAGCUGCGGCCGAGCCCUGUCCCUGCCUGCGGAGCAGGAGCUGCCCGUCAGUGCCGGUGGCCCCAGGGUGCUUGUGCCUGCCCUGCCCGGGGCUGUUGGCACCGGGACGGAGCCCAGCGCCCGUGUCGCGUGGAGCUGGGCCAGCACCGGGGCAACGGGGACCCUGUGCGGGGAGCGGGGCUGCAGCGCGCGGGCACCCUCCUGGCGCCCUGCCUUGGAAAAUAAACGCUUCCAGCCCA